AUGUAUGCAUAUACCGACAAAAUAUAAUCAAUUAAUUCCAUCAAGGAGUAGUUUAAAAGAAACGGCAAACACCUUGGUCAUUUUAAGUCAAAAUAUGUAGAUUUAUUUGGAAGCCUUUACUUAAGUGAGCUCAAAGGAGCGGAAUUGAAGUCGGAAUGGAAAAGAGCAUUUAUUGAAGUUGCAGAUGAUAUAUAAGAUGAAAAAUAGCUAGGGCUUUUCAUCACUCGAGUAGGAUAAGAAAAAAUAGAGAAUAGCUCUAUACAGUUUAGAAUAUACUUUAUCAAAAACUUUAUGAAGGAUCAAUCAUGUAUCAUAGUAAAGACUGGGCAUGGAAUGGCUGAUGGUGUAGCAGUCAUUUUGGCAGCUUGCGCAACUUAGGAUACUUUUGACUCCUAGCAGUUGCCUUAAUUGAGACCAUUUAAGUUUACCGAUUUCUUAAUGACUCAUUUGAUGAUAUUCUUUUUCUUGUACUAUGUGAUUUUCCCGCCGAAGCAAGUAGUCUAACCAAUAUAAAUAGAUCCACCUUGCUGGAAUAAAGUUGAAAUAACACCCUCGCAAUCAAUUUCUAAAGACUUUAAGGUCUCUGAUGUGUACAAACUUUCAAAGAAGUUUAACUGUAGUGUAAAUGAUUUAAUGAUGACAGUAAUUAAUGUUAGUAUGAGAGAUUACUUUUCUAAAAAAGGACAAUAUUAUGAGUAGAUUAAAUAUGCUAUUCCUAUGAAUUGCAGGAGGAUACCUUAAAGUUUCGAUGAAUUCUACUACUUGAAUUACUCUCACGCAGAAACAAUAUUCUUAGAUAUGAAAAAGGAAUAUGAUUUUUAGACUGUGGUCCAUCAAGGGAGAGAUCAUAUGAAUCAGCUAAAGAAUAGUUAUAGAGAACUAAUAUCAAUUUAUUUGAUAAAGAUGGCCAGUUAUUUCAUUCCAAGCUUCGUUCUUAAUAUGAUGAGACAAAAAAUGAUUGAUAACUUACCUAAAAUAAGCAUCUCUAAUAUAAAUGGACCAAAAAUUCCUUUAGAAUUUGGAGGUGCUAAAACUAGAGCCAUUUCAUUUACUUGCAUUUUUGAUGGUUAAUUUUGUUUUUUCUCUAUAUUCUCACACUAGGAUGUAAUGAAAUUAGGUUUAUAUGUAACAAAAAUGAAUGUGAUUGGAAAUGAAUUGAUGGAAAUGAUUGAAAUUAAAAUUGAGGAUUUAUUAAAGCAAAAAUAGAUCUAAUGA